UAUCGCAAUCUCGCUUUCUGACGUUUGUCUUCUCAUGGCAGACAGAAAUAUCGCUCUCUUUGACUCAAGUUCGCUGGAGAAAUCGGUUGCCUCGGUCAAGCAGUACGGCAAAAGGUCUCAAGUGAUUAACCUGUUAGAUACUACAAGCAGUGAUACAAAAAUAAGGAAGCCUCGUCACGGAGACUGCAAUACAAGGAGAGUUCGCUGCUGCGUUUUAUCUAAAGAAUUAUUUACAGAAGACAUCAUCAGAAACUUGAGAAGAGCUGCGAACAUGAUAGAAGAAAGAGAGUCUUCAGAAAAUCCAGUCACCUCUUCUUCCCAAGAAAAAGACACACAAUUGAUUCAGAUAGAGGAAGUACCACAACAUACACGGAUUUAGAAGGCGAUUUCAUUUUGUUUGAUGACGAUUUCGCUGAUAACACAGGGAGUGAGAAGCCACAUGGACAAUUAGGGAGUGAGAUGUCACAUGGACAGUUACAGGCUUCGUACCUGAAUAAACAAGAUUCUCACACUGAUUUGCCACAGUCUCAAUUUUUAACCCCAAGUUCACAACUUUCCAAUGUUUUCCAAACACUUCAAGAUGCGUAUGGAAGUAGCGAGUCUGAAACGUCUCCAGAAAAGCUGCCCGGAAGAUCAUCGUUUUCCACUGUGGUUUCUCCACAUGUCUGCCGUCAGUUGGAUGUCUACAAAGAAAACAGAAUUGAUUCCCUUGAGAUGGAAAAUUCAAUACUUGAUGACGAGUCUCAAUUAGAUCUAAGAAACCAAAAACAUUCUGAAGAAACCCUUUCUGAAAACUUACGAAUGUUUCAAGUGACACCUAUUAUGACUAAUGAAAGGAAGAGAAACGUUGCUGUAAUCAGGAAUUCAGCAAAAUCAGCUCCAGACACUUCCGGCGCGCCACGAUCGCCUAUGCCUAGACGGUCAAAGCGGUCAAGAAAAUCGCUGAUCAUCUGUGUGCGUUGUGGAAAUGACAGUCCAGCUCCUCUACUAAAAUGCGGGUCUUGUUCUCAAAAAUGGCACCAUGAAUGCCUUGGCAUCAGAGAAGACGACACAAGUCCUUUCUUUUGCUUUCCUCCUGAAGGAUGCAGACUGUGACUAUAGAUAUAUGUGAUGACUACAUUUUGUGUUGCAUUCUAGCGCAAGUUAUGUGUUUUCGACAGUGUAAACCUUCGAAUCAUGAUUAUCUAGAAGUGUUACGACAUUCAGUAAAUUUGUUCAGUCUAUAUAUACAAAUAAAUGCGAUCGAAAAUAGCUGUAAACACAAGAAA